AGAUGUGCCUUUAUAUAUAGACGUGACAUUUGUGUUUACACCCAGGCCACCAUCACACUAAAACCAAGCUAAGAAUUGCACACAUUAUUAUACAUACUCUCAUAGUCUCAUUGCUCCUAUUUGAGUUAAACUAGCUGCAACCCACAGAACAAAGGUAGGAGAAAAAGUUAAUAAUGGUGAACAAGCAAUUAAGACCAGCAGCAUCCUUCUUAUUGUUCCUCAACUUCUGCAUGUAUGCAGUUGUGUUGGGCAUAUGUGGUUGGGCUAUGAACAGGAUGAUUAACUAUGGAAGUGUUGGUGGAGGACAAAAUGCGGCAACUGUAUAUUUCGUAAUAUUCUCGCUAAUAGCGGGAGCAGUUGGGGCAGUAUCUUGCUUGUUUGGGCUAAACCACGUUGCAUAUUGGGGUCCUGAUAGCUUACCUGCCGCGGCUGCUGCUGGGGCUAUCGCUUGGAGUCUUACUAUGCUUGCCUUGGGCUUUGCUUCUAAACACAUCAGGCUCCACACUGACAGUCAUCGCUUGAAAACAUUGGAAGCAUUCAUCAUUAUCCUAAGCGGAACAAUGCUUUUGUACAUUGGAGCCAUUCAUGGAGCUAUCAAGAGAGGCAACUAGAGCCUAGAUUAUGCUAAAAACUUGAUUAACACCGUCAAUUCCUUUUAUAUUCAACCAUAGUACACAUAUUCGUUUAUGCUAUGUUCAUAUGAUUAAUAUGGUUUUUUUUAUUAAUUUGUGGAAGUCUAGCUUCUUUUGUUGUGAUUCAAAAUUGUGACUUGUGAGUGUAGGUAAUGGUGUGCAGAAUUAGAUUCCAUUUAUCACAUUUGAUUGCAUAAAUAAUCAGGAAUUAAUACUAUAUGAUGUACUUGCAACGCUUUUUGUUUAUUUUUUUAUAUUAUUAUAUUUGCAUCUA